AUGAACGUCCCCCCUCCGAGUUUUGGCGGCUCUGGCGUUGGAGCCAUGAUGCCCGCGGCACCGACGCCCAUGCCCGGUGGCCCCAACGACCCUAACGUCAAGAUGAUGCAAUCGAUGAUGGAGUCAUGCUUCGGCAAGUCCGUCAUGUCCGGCGUCAUGGGUUUCGGCAUGGGUGGUAUUUUCGGCAUGUUCAUGGCCUCCAUGGCAUACGACACUCCAUACGGCGCCCCAGGCAGCCCGCAGACCCCGGUGACCUCCCUCCCGCUCCGCCAGCAGCUCAAGAUCGGCUUCAAGGACAUGGGCACGCGGUCCUGGUCCACGGCCAGGAACUUCGGCAAGAUCGGCGCUCUCUUCUCCGGCAUCGAGUGCGGCAUCGAGGGCAUCCGCGCCAAGAACGACCUCGCCAACGGCGUCGCGGCGGGCUGCCUCACCGGCGGGAUCCUCGCCAAGAACGCCGGCCCCCAGGCCAUCGCGGGCGGCUGCGUCGCCUUCGCCGCCUUCAGCGCCGCCAUCGAUGCGUACAUGAGGUCGCCCGGCAAUGAUGAAUAG